AUGGUAAGAUGGAAGGGUCGCGAUAUUGACCACGAAAAUGGUGGAGAUGCUGAGGAUUACUUACUUUGGACGAUUGACACUUGGAAUUAUCUGCUUGAAAGGCCUGUGAAAAUCAUCGAAGUUUGCUUUCUGUGCUGGACUGGAAUUUCGAGUAACCUUGAUUUCAAGGGAAAUCAAGGAGGAUGCAAGUGCAUUCUUUUAUAUGAAGGCUUUGGAGUACUCACAAUAGAAUCAAAAGCAGAUUACUUUUCUCGCAAAGCGACAAGUAUCAAAAAAAAGUGUGAUUGGUAUUGUCGUUGCUGGAAGUGUAUUGUGCAAAUUCUUCUCAAAAUUUGGAAUUGUGGUCGAAAGUGGUUAUUGUGCGAAAGAACAAUAAAGUUGAAAUAUUAUAAUCAGAUUGCUAGACAGCAACAAGGCCCGACUACCACAACUUUAGCCGAGCCAAUAGCUGUUCGAGAAAGUCAGGGCUUUCAACGUCAGGUUUUCUUGUAG